ACCACGGCACCCGCCUUAUAAACCCCGGCCACGGCCACCACACGCCCCCCAGCCAACCCACCACCACCGGAUCAGCUUCCUCCCGGAUCAGGCGGCGCCAGCCGAGGACACCGUCGGAACCAACCAACCACCCGAACAAGGCGCCCAGAAUGGAGAACGGCAACGGCGGCCCGUCGUCGUGCUGCAACGGCAACGGCUCGGUGGCGCCGCCGCACGUGGCGAUGCUGGUGACGCCGGGGAUGGGGCACCUGAUCCCGCUGGCGGAGCUGGCCAAGCGGCUGGCGUCGCGGCACGGCGCCACGGCGACGCUCCUCACGUUCGCGUCGACGGCGUCGGCCACGCAGCGCGCGUUCCUGGCGUCGCUGCCGCCCGCCGUGUCGUCCCGGGCGCUCCCGCCCGUCGACCUCUCCGACCUGCCCCGCGGCGCCGCCAUCGAGACGCUCAUGUCCGAGGAGUGCGCGCGCAGCGUGCCGGCGCUCACCGGCAUCCUCCGGGACCUGCGGCGGACCACCCGCCUCGUCGCGUUCGUCGCCGACCUCUUCGGCGCGGACUCGUUCGACGCCGCGCGCGCCGCGGGGGUCGCCCGGAGGUACAUCUUCUUCCCGACCAACCUCCACGUGCUCACGCUCCUCCUCCACCUCCCGGAGCUCGACGCCUCCGUGCCCGGCGAGUUCCGGGACCUCGCCGAGCCGCUCCGCCUCCCCGGGUGCGUGCCCAUCCCGGGGCCCGACGUGCUCAUGCCGCUGCAGGACAAGUCCAACCCCUGCUACAAGUGGAUGGUCCACCACGGCGCCAAGUACCGCGAGGCCGACGCCAUCCUCGUCAACUCCUUCGACGCCGUCGAGCCGGGCCCCGCCAAGAUCCUCCGGCAGCCGGCGCCCGGGAACCCGGCGGUGUUCCCCAUCGGCCCGCUCAUCCAGGCCGACCGCGGCGGCAGCGACGACGGGCCGUGCCCGUGCCUGGAGUGGCUCGACCGGCAGCCGGCCCGCUCGGUCAUCUUCGUCUCCUUCGGCUCCGGCGGCGCGCUGCCGGCCGAGCAGAUGCGGGAGCUCGCCCUCGGCCUGGAGCUCAGCGGGCAGCGCUUCCUGUGGGUGGUGCGCAGCCCCAGCGACGAGGGCGCCGUCAACGACAACUACUACGACGCCGAGAGCAAGAAGGACCCCUUCGCGUACCUGCCCGAAGGCUUCGUCGAGCGGACCCGGGCCGUGGGCCUCGUGGUGCCCUCGUGGGCCCCGCAGAUAAAGGUGCUGGCCCACGGGGCCACGGGCGGGUUCCUGACGCACUGCGGGUGGAACUCGGUGCUAGAGAGCCUCGUCUACGGCGUGCCCAUGGUGGCGUGGCCGCUCUACGCCGAGCAGCGGCAGAACGCGGCGAUGCUGUCGGAAGGGGUCGGCGCCGCGAUCCGCGUCCCCGAGUCCAAGGGGCGGGAGAAGAUCGCGGCGGCGGUGCGGGAGGUGAUGCAGGGGGAAGGCCGAGGUGCCGCGGUGCGAGCUAAGGUGGCGGAGCUGCAGAAGGCCGCGGCGGAAGGGCUCCGGGAAGGCGGCGCCGCGGCCGCGGCGCUCGCCGAGGUGGUGGAGAAGUGGACGUGCGGGGAGAACUAGACGAUGCUGAGCCUGAACUGUGUGCAGCUACCACCAAUCCAUCCCAGCUGCCCCUCCACCAUCCUUGGGCUGGGGCCCCACCAUGCAUGGACUAGGAUGGGGACUGUGGAGGAUACUCCCGAGUGUUCCUCUCGACUUUCCCCUUGCUACAGUUCCACAAGGGCGAACCGAGGGCGUUCUUCGAUCCGGCGCCGAAUCCGCCGGUCCUCCUCGCCUCCGGUGACCUCGCCGUCGCCGGAGGAUGGGGACCGGUUGGAUUGGGCGGCCGGUGUUCAGUUCCUGCUUCCCUAGGCUAGAUCUAGGUAGUUUAGGAUUAGGUCUAUCCAUGUCGGCGGUAUGCGCGUGGAUCUGUUUUCCUCUGCAGCUUCGUCUCCGGCGAGCGACGCCAUGUGUGCGGUGAGGACGGCGUGCCUUCCUCGCUCUUCGAUGGCGGCUUCCCCGUUUCUACGGCCGACGACUGCACGAGGGUGGGAGUCUUCUGCGUCCCUGGGGAUGCGCUUCGGUUCCGGUCGUCGGCGGUGCUGUCGACGGCAGCGGAUUCUUGUUCCUCUUCCUGUCUUCGCGUCGCGAUGACUGAUGGCCGUUCAGCGUUCAACAAGUGUGCCGGAGGUGGUUCCGGGCGCCGAGUUCUACAGCAGAUCCAUGAGUUGGAGUCGUGCGCGGAGGAGGAAGGUGGAUUGCUCCUGGCUCUGGUGAUCCUCGCCGGCGGUCAGUUCUCAGAGGCAGGCCUCGAUGGAGGGGGUGUAUUUGAUGUAAUUUCCAGUUCUUCCAGGGUGUUUCCUAUAAAUCUCCAGGGAUGUACUGUGCUAUCCUUUUAAUAUAAACCCCCUUUCGCAAAAA